AUGUCGAAGGUUUUCAUCCCUGUUUCUAACGUCGGUAAAGCACACGAUGCUGACAUUUAUAGUGUCAAAGUAUUGAAAGGUUUCACGGUAACUGCAAGUGGUGAUGGUAGUUUGAAGUUCUGGUCAAAUAAGAAGAUAUAUCAAAACGAUUUCAAGACAUUGAAGGACGAUGUCCACGUAGAGUUUGUCGAUGCUACUGGUUUGCAUCAUGUAGAUUGCCUUACAGUGAAUGAUAUGUUAGGGAAUGAUGCUUUAACUGUGAAUAUUAUCUCAACUGUAUCUUUCAAUGGAAUAAUUCAUUUCUAUCAAUUUGUAAAUGAAAAUUUAUCUACUUUGAAGAAAAUCAAAUUACUCAAUCCAGAAGAAAUUAAAAUCCAUUCCUUCUGGUCGUCCCUGUGGGUGAAUGGUAAUAAUGACCAGGUUGUUUCUGAUAGGUUAAUAACGAGUGAUAUUAAAGGUAACACUAAUAUUUGGAAAUUUGAAUUAUAUAAAGACGAAACAAAAACUGAAAUUGAGCCACAUCUAACGUAUCAAGGUGAAAUAUCGUCGAACGAGCCGGUCGUUGCAACUUGUGUGGAUGCAUCAGCAAAGAGAGGUUUGAUUGCCACUGGAUUUGCAAAUGGAACAGUGGUUGUAUCUCAAUUGAGUACUUUAAGGCCGUUAUACACUUUUGAAUCCAACUCCUCGAGCACUGUCAAUUCAGUAAGGUCAUUGAAGUUCUCACCUUUGGGGAACCUAUUAGCAGUUUCAAACGAUUUUGGUUCAUUUGGUUCAAUUACACUUUACGAAACAGAAUUUGGUGAAAAGAUUGGUAACCUUUCUAUUCCAACGCAUUCUGGUCAAAAAUUAAUUAGCGGUACUACUUUUGCACAUAACGGGUGGGUGUUUAACCUUUCGUUUAAUUCUACAGGUGAAUUUUUGGCCACCUGUGGAUACGAUAGUAAAGUCAGAGUGUGGGAUAUCAAGUUAAAGGAAAGGGUAUCUACUUUGAAUCUUUCUGCAAACGAUAUUGAAAUAGAGGAUGAUAUCAUGCUACAUGAUGAGAAUGGUGAUUCUACUAAAUUCCCGCCAAUUUUUGAUGUUAAAUUCAUUAAUAAAGGUAUUAUUAACGACACGAACGAAGGUUUAUGUUGCGUUUGCAUGGAUAGAAGUAUAAGAUGGUUUAGAGAAGCUGGUGGUAAUUGA